AUAGAAAAGUAAGUUCUCUUCUUGGGAUAUAAAUUGUUUAUAUAUUACAAGAAUUACAUGUUUUGUUGCUUAAAUCACAAUUGAUAUUUGCUCGGCACAUUAUGUGGAAGUUAUUAAUAUUCUACACGAUCGUGGGCCUUGUGGCUGCCGAGCAGGUUACUUUUAAUAAUUAUAAGGUCAUCAGAUUUAAUGCGACUACACUGAGACAGGCGAAGUUGUUUUACGAGUUGACAAAAAAUCAUGAUGGAUUUUCCUACUGGAUUGCACCGUUUGCGAAUAAACAAGCGGAACUUAUGAUAGCCCCGCAUAAGCUGCCUGAAUUUUAUCAAAUGAUGAAGCAGAUGCAAAUACCCUAUACAGUUUUUAUUGAGAAUGUUCAGGCGUUAAUCAAUCGGGCAGCUCCUGCGAGUGCAUCGUCAACGUUUGAUUUUAAGAACUAUCACAUAUUAGACGUAAUUUACAAGAAUCUAAAUGACUUGAUGAAGCAAUAUCCCAAAUUUGUGCAAAUUGUUGUGGGCGGCCAGACAUAUGAGGGACGUCAAAUCAAAGGCGUCAAGGUUUCCUUUAAGGCUAAUAAUCCUGGAGUCUUUAUUGAGGGUGGUAUUCACGCUAGAGAAUGGAUCUCUACAGCAACUGUCAUGUACAUAUUGCAUAAAUUGUUGAAAAGCGACAAUCCAGAGAUCAGAGCUCUGGCUGAGAGCCACGAUUGGUAUAUCUUCCCAUCAUUCAAUCCCGAUGGAUACGUGUACACGCACACCAAAAAUCGAUUAUGGAGAAAAACACGUAAACAAUAUAGUUUCUUCUGUUAUGGCAGUGAUCCCAACAGAAACUGGGGUUACAAAUGGAAUACUGGAGGCGCUAGCAAUUCUGCAUGUUCCGAAACCUACGCUGGAAAUGCACCAUUCUCCGAAAUUGAGACAAAGACCUUGUCCAAAUAUAUCGGUUCUCUUUCCGACAAAUUGUAUGCAUAUGUCGCGUUCCAUAGUUACUCGCAACUGUUGUUAAUCCCAUAUGGUCACACAACGGCUCACCUUGAUAACUAUGACGACUUGUAUGAGAUUGGCGUGAAAACGGCUAUAGCUCUUGAAAAGAAAUAUGGAACUCAUUAUACGGUCGGAAAUAUUGCAGAGACAAUAUAUGUGGCAUCCGGAGGUUCUAUGGAUUGGGUUAAAGGCACUUAUGGUACACCUAUCACCUUCACUUAUGAGUUACGUGAUACAGGUCAUUACGGUUUUUUGUUGCCAGCUGAUCAAAUUAUUCCGACUGGAGAAGAGACUAUGGAUUCUCUUGUGGCUAUGUUUAAAGAAGCAAACGCACGUGGAUAUCCUAGAAAAACUAAAAAAAUUAAAGCUAACUAAAUUUUAUAUAAAUAUUAUUAUUGAUGGCAUAUUUUUACAUUUGACGAUUUGCUAAUUCUUUUUCAAUAUCUGUAAUCUAUAAUAUAACAAUGUUUUGGUAUUUUUGUUUUUAAUGAUACAUGAUGUUUUGAAUUAAAAAUUAAUGAUUUGUAAUUUAAUCAGUUAAAUUAUUAUUAAAUUCUAAGUAAUACAAUAUUGGCUACUAAAUAUCAUUUGUAAAAUUUGUUCUUUUUUAUUUAAUAUAUCGUUGAUUUGUUGAUUUUACAUUCGAACAAUCUCAUAAAAUGAUGAGAUUGACUGUAUAUUCUUUUGACAAUUAUUGCUAGAUAAUCAAUAUUUUUGGCAAUAAUUGCAAUUUAUGUCAUGUAUCAUUAAAUGAAAAAAACCGUAUUUUAUUUACGUAAAAUAAAUUGCAAC